AUGGCAAACUUUAAUUCAGUAUGGGAGGCUUUGAAGAUGGUAACCCUGACGUUCAUAUUGUGGUUUCAUUGGAAAGCUCUAAACAAGAUUAUAUAUGAAGGUGGAGCAGCUACAACUCAAGGCGUAAUUGCUUUGAUCCAAGGGCAAGUACUAGACAUGUUGAGAGUUUAUUCCAUCAAGGUGAAGUCUAAGGUUGAAGUUAAUAAGGUGGAGCAAUUGCUGGGGUGUCGUCUUGCGAACCCAAAACUGCGGAGCUAUAAGACUGUAAGAUGGUUGCUUCCUCAAACAAAUUCUAACAUUCUUAAUUCGGAUGGUUCAUCUCUAAGCUCUUUUGACGCGGGCUAUGGGUUUCUGAUAAGAGAUGACAGGGGUGACCUAAUUUAUGGGGAGACUGGUUUCCUUGGAGAUGCUUGCAGCUUCAAAGUGGAACUGGCGGGAAUUUUGUUUGGUCUUUGUAAGUGUUUUCAGAUGAAGCUUGAAAAUGUUCUUGCGCAGACUGACAAUCUCGCUCUUGCUCUUUUAUUACAGAAAGGAACGAUUUUCCUUGGCAGCACCUUUUGGCUAUGA